AUGUUCCCUGGCCUCAACUGGGUUACCACUGCCGCCAGCGCGUCCCGCGCACCGUCGCCGGCGUUUAUACAGCACCCAGACAGCGAGUUUAGAACCGCUCACGACCCGCGCGCGCCCACGCCUACGCCGACACUGGGCUCUAUAAUGCGCGAGGCACGCGAACACCCGCGCGUGCGCACGACGAGCACAACAACCAACACCUCCUCCGCCGUCCUCGACCUCGACUGGUCACUCGUCGGCCCCGCAUCGGGCAACGAGCACGCUGCCGCCAAUCUCCCACGACGACAUCGUUCCAGCCUGCUCGGCGCGGCGUCCGGCGCACUCGCGAGCCGUCUCAGCCGACGCAAAGCACGGUCGAAUGCGCGACCGCCGUCGCCAACGAAGGAGCCCGCAGUGAGCGCGGCGGACGCCGAAGAGGCAGAGGAGCGGAAUAGGCUGAGGGACGCUGCAGCGCAGAGCCUGGGGCUCGAGCUCGGCCUGCCCGGCCCGGGGAGGAUGUCCAACGAGAAGGAGCGCGACGCGGAGGACGGUGACGACGAGCAAACGACGGAGGAGCGAAUAGUAGAAGCGCCCGUCACGCCAACGCUGCCCACGUUCCCGGCGUCCAAGGCGAGCUUAGCGCCGCUGGUCGUGCUGCAAACGGCAUUGCCGAAGCAUUAUCCGCCACCGUCAUUGCUUAAGCGCGCGUUGGCACAGCAAUGGAAGACCCGCGCCAUCGUAUUGACCGGCCCGCCCACGACUUCUCGCACAGGCGGAGGCAUGCCUUCCCACUUGCACGUGUUUCGCGUCGGCAGCGGGAGCGAGCGGGAACUCGAGCGCCUGGCAAUCGACGAGCGCUCGGUCGUGUUCGUCGCCGACGAGGAUGUCGGUGGCCGAUCACAUGUCGUGAAGGUUGGCGGACAUGAUGUCGGCGCACGCCGACGCGAGUUGAACGGCGAAGAGACCGGGAUGACGAUGAUGUGGCUCCAGAUUACGGACGCGCAAGAAUCCCGAGCAUGGAUCGGCGCCAUCAAGGCUGCCGUACUCGGACAGCGCUCAGUACGCGCGGGACUCGGCAAUGGCUACGGCGCAUCACCCAGCGAACCUCGCGGCGACCUUGACGUUGUGCUUUCAAUGCGCAUGCAGGGUAUGGGUGCGCGCCCUGCGCCGUCUGAAUCAUCUCAAUCCCAGACUUCGUCGACGUCCUCCACGCGCCCGAAUAGCCCGAGGCCUACAAUAUCCUUCAAAGGACUAUUUGGGAAUUCACGACCGCGUUCUCUCUCUCGCGCAACCUCAAUUGCUUCGGAUGACGAUCCGGGCCCUGUAAGCCCGACGGCAGACAGUUUCGCCUCAGUGGCGAAUAGCAUCAUGGCUCAGGAAGCGCCAUACUCUCGACGUAUUGUCGUCAAUCGUACUAGCGUCGACCUCGAAUACAACGAUGCUCUGUCGACUCGUGCCAUGUCGCCCCCACCUCUAGGUCCUCCCCCAAACCGAAGGCGAACUCACACUUCAAGUGCCCCCGAGCCUCUUGAGCGCGAUGGUCGCAUAUACACCUUCGGCAACACCUCUUUUGGCGAUGCUCGUGCACUCACACCCGUCGAAGAUUCGCCCAGCCUCACGCCUGUCCUCCAUACUCCUCCCACACCGCUUCCAUCCCCGCAAUCACCGACAGAACCAGGGAAGCAGCGAGCUAACUCUGUAUCUUCUGUCAGCACACUGGGCGGUGCAUCUGACCGUCGGCGUUGGUCGCGUCAAUCCGCCCUGGCCACUCUCAGUGCCAAGUCAGCUUCGCCUCCGCAAAGACACCCGUAUGCGGCGGUCGAUACUUCAACCUCGUCCCCACCACAGACCCAGGUACGCUCGCCGAGCCGUGCAAGCACCAGCACCACGAGCCACCGCACUCUUCCAGGCAUCCUCGCGCUGAAGCGCGCCUCAGUCUCGAGCGCCGCCAGCGCAUCACUGUCCAACGAGUCUUCCUCCCUCUCCCACUCCUACCAUUCACAGUCAUACCAGCCGACGGCAUCUGGCUCUGGCGCGAGCACGUAUUCAUACCCAUAUCCUGGGUCGGGGUCAGGCAGCCUGCUCUCACCGACGGGCACCACGCGCAAUCGCCAGAGUAUGCCUCCACCUCAGCGCCCCGCACCUAAUACUGCGCUGCCCCCGACACCCUCAGAUCCACCACGGCCGGAGAUGCGGCCACGCAGCAUGUCCGCGCAACGGCCCGGUACUGCGCCAGGCGCUGUGUCCGCUGCUGGAUCGUUCUCAUUGAUUGGCGCGCCGAGUGCGUCUGCCGCCGUCGCGCAGGUGAAAGCGGGCUCUAAGCUUCGAUUAUCGUUGCAUGGAAAGACUCCACCAACAGCCGCAUCAACACAAGAGAAGCCUCAUAGGAGAACGAGCUCCGGCGCGGAUGUGCCCUGUGCGCGACCUCCUCCCAGCGGCCCAUUACCACCCCCACCGUCUGACUCAAAGCGAGUAUCGCUGCCACCUGAGUCCAAACGCGGCUCGUGGGGAUUCGAACCGAAGAGAGGGUCAUUGACGAUGUCCGAGCAUAGACGGAAUACGUCCGGCGAUGCGUAUACGAGGAGAAGUUCACUGGACGCUAAACGGGGGCUUGGGAUGACGACCCUGGAGCCGGCGCCACCUCCGCCGGAGAGCCCGACCAUUGCCAGUUCUAUCAAGCAGAGGUUGCGCAUGCUGGGUGGCGGUGGUAACAGCAGCGCCGUUCCCUCGAGGUCCACCACUCCUGCACCACCAGAAUCUAGUCCGGACGAACCACCCCUACUUGCGCCGAGCUUGAAACGCGAGGCUGACCUGUCGGCGGAUGCCACGCCGGUGCCCAGUCGAGAGCCACACAGUGGAGUCCUCGAGCCCAACUUCGUACGCGACUCUGAUUCCAACGGUGGUCCUAUCCUUCUCGCCCCCAGUCUUCUGCGCGCGCUUGACGGCGAUCCCGUCAUGGCACCGAACCUCAUGCGCCAACGCGCAGACUCGCAGGCUCUGCCGCUACAUCCCUCACCGCCGCGCGUAGCCGACCUACGCUCAGAUAGCACCAAUACGUCCCGGCCCGGAUCGCCCGGUGUCGCCGAACGCAUCACCGACCCACGCGUUGCGCUUGCCGAAGAGGCCGCUGCCGACGCUGAGCGUGAGCGCUUGGAACAAGAGCGGCUGGAGCAGGCGCAGGAUCUGGAUCCCCUAGGCUUGGAGAACCUGAGCGAGAGCGUCCCGUCUUCACCUACGGGUGCACCCGCACGCCCGCCUCGUUCGGCGCGACGCCCGCCACCUCGCACGUCAACGAGUGGCAGCGGUAGCGAUUCGGGUCCGGUCACGGCGCUUGCGCCACCGCCUCGGCGGAGACCUGCUACCGCGGCAGGGCUCGAGGCGCGCGGUGGUGACGCGGAUGAUGCGAGCGGGAGGAUGUUGCGGCUGCCCGAGGAUGCGCGGAGCGAUCUUGGACGGGCGAACUUCAGUCGGUUAAGCUUGGUCCUAGCCGAUUCGUAG